AGAUGAAAAAAUAGUUGAAACCUUCAUGCAAGUAAUAAUAGCAGUGUCGCCAUUUGCAACAUCAAAACAUUUUGAUUUUAUGGUAGAUAGCCAAGAUGUAGGAGCAGAAUCAUUCCAAGGAUGCUUGCACCUCUUACAAAAGUUGAUUCAGACGUACAAUGGGUCUCGAGUUAGCGUUUUAUCAAAAAAUAAAGAGAUGGACGGCGUAUGCGGUUAUUCAUUAGAUCUUACAGAAUAUGAACCUCCGUUGGACAUUCAACCAAUUAUCGAAACAUGGAAACGGAAUAAUGGAAGCAUUCAGGAAAAGUCAUGA